ACUGUAAAUGGAAAAACGAAGACAACACACCAAUGAAAAAGUGCCUAUUAAAAAUAUUUUAUCUAAUGUUUAUCUAAUUUGAUAUUAUUAUUUAAAAUGUAAAGUCUUAUCUUGAAAAUAAAACUGACUAAUCACCAAAAUAUGUGAGAUAUUGUUGGCAAAUGAAAAUAAGGAAUAAUGGAUGAUGGAGCGAGUGUAGGGGAUAAUAAAACAGCGAAAAUGGGGGCUUCCAAUAACCCAAACGCUGAUAGAUUCGCGGCCUUACAAGAAAAGAAAAAACAAUUAGAGGAAACCUUAGAGAAACGAAUAAAAGAACUUCAACAAUUAUGUAAACAAGAAACCGAAUUGACAGGCAGUAUACCACCUGAAACUCCCAUAGACGCAGGUGAAAAUCUGCCAUUUAGAAGACGUGUUGGCACAGCCUAUCAACUAUCGGAAAGUUUAGUUAAAAACCCUGAUCACAAUGAGUUGGAAUUGCAAAUACAAAUACACAUGCAAUUGGCCGAAGCUGCAGCGGAUUUGGCCAAUGAAAAUAAGUCUAAGACUCUAAGAAGACAUCACCUUGCCGAGUACCAAAAACACAAGCAGACAUGCAUGAUAUUGAGGGAGAAAUUGACAAAUUUAAAGGACAAAGCUGCCGACCAAGUGAAGCAAAAGAAAAAACAUAGAUCCUCGGAAUCGGAUGACAACGUUUCAGUGAAUACGAUGGCGACAAGUGAACCUUUUGUUAAGAGCAAUAUGAGGCAAAGCCUGAGAUCUCUGAAGCAACCAAUGCAACAAAAUGAGAACAAUGUUGAGCUGAGGUAUUCGAUGCCUGGCUCCUACCACUUUUACAGGGGCUCCGAGAUUCCCUACUUGCAAAGACACGACGAUGGUUUAACGUCGGGCUUCUAUGCUCUCAGCCUUAAUGGUUACAAAAGCUACAUGGAGCGGCGAGAGAACAUAAAUUACAAUACUCAAAGUGCGGUUCAUUUGCCGCAGUACGCUACCUACCAACAGCACGGCUCUCAAAUGCAAAACAACUACACUUUUCAUCAAAGAUCUCCCCCGCAAAAUUAUCACCACCCCAAUGUACAUUACCCCGAGCAUAGAUACAGCAAUAUCUCCAACCCCCCACAUCAGUACCGACAAUCUAGUUCAAACGUUAGCAAUUUUUUAAGUUACAAGCCAAACCAGCAGUACUACCCCUCGCAGUCUUUCUCGCACUCUAACAUAAGACAGUACCAAACGUUACCUGACCCCAACACAUACAGAAACCCCCAUCAAAUUCAACCCCACCAACAGUACGAACAUAAUGUCGUCGGGGCCGGCUUGGGGGGCUGUUGGAGGAGCAUGGAGAACGGGGAGAUGGUGUGGUGCAACUCCAGCGCCGCGGAAUCCAAUUGGGAGCGCGAUAAGGGUUUUGGUAGCUUGGAUCGGAGAAAAAAUAAAAGGGUUUCGAAGCGGAUAUCUCCGACGGUCGAUAAUAAAAGCGCCACUAUAGCAAGUCCUUCUUACACGGAUCACGUUAGAACGGCUUCAGUUAAAUCACAUAUUAUAACUAGAAGACAAGAAAAUAGACAACUCAUUAGAACACAGUCACUGGGUAGUGUUGGCGCCCAAACUGUAGUGGACAGUGUUUGCCCGAGUGACGAUAAUUCAUCAAUAAACAGUGAUACUCAUAGCAUUAACGAAAUAAACCUUAACUCGCGAAAACCGAAAGAAAAAGAAUGGUUGGAGACUUCCCUGGACGGUCCCGUUUCCCCCACUCACUCCAUAGUAUCCCACACGCAAUCGACGACGUCGACGAUUUCGAACUCCGGCAUGCGCAUGAGCAGCCACUCGCCGCACAGCAUGCAUCUACCCCCGCCCCCGCAUUACAACGUACCACCUCCCCCUCCGCCGCCGCACUACAACAUGCCGCCUCCCGCCCCGUCGCCCUCGAUGCCGCCCCCGCUGAUUUUGUCGCCCGACGAAAAGUACAUGCAACCGCCUCCGUUAACUCCGAAACCUUCCUUGGAGAUACCGGCGGAAUCGAAUAGAUCGCCCAGAGUGCCCGACGGCAAUAUCGAAAUGUUCAACAACAAUAUACCCGAGAAUUGCACGGUGGUGCAGGCCGGAUACGAGGAAACAAAACCCUUCGAAAUGUCGGAUUUCUACAAAUACUCGACCAAGUACAAAAAAUCGCCUGCUAAAGAGCCAGAGGUCCGGCAAAGAGAGGGGGAGGGGAACGCGCAGAAGUGCCUGAAUCAGCAGUUUGACGAGCAUAACAACUAUCAACCUGAGUUGCCUGCUAAACCGCUUCAUUACAGAAAUAGUAACAUCAGUAUGGACAGUCCUGAUACUUCGAAUAGUAACAUAAACAACAGUUUGAACCUAAGUCAAAUAUCAGCCGUAGCUGAUAAUUUUUCGGCAGAAAUGAAUGCGUGGUAUAAAGAGCAUCAAAUUGACAACAACAAUACAAAUGGAUCGAAUUCGAAGAGUAGAUCCACUGCAACACUAGUUUAAGAAAGUACUAUGCAAUAAAUUAUUUUUUUAAUAUAUAUCUGUAUAUAUUUUGUUUAUUAUUAAAUAUACCUAAUGGUGUAAUUAUAGGUAGAGACUUUAUCCAAAAAAAUUAUUAGUUUGGUUGAAUAGACAGAUACUUUACUUUUGAAAUCAAUUAAAAUAUUUGUUACUUCCUUAAUUUUUUUGCCUUACGUUAUCUCAUUACAUUAUAUUUAUUUUAAUUUUUUAUUUAAUUAAGUGGUUUAGUUUAAUGUUUUAUAAAAAAUCAUAUUAGUUCUUUUUAAAUCACCAUUUGAUCUCAAACCUUCAAUAGAAUUUAAGGGUUAUGAUUAUGUAAAAAUAUAUUUAUUUGUAUAAGCACCAAGUGCCUGAUAAUAGUUGAAAAAAUAUUGGUCGUGAUCGAACAAAUAUUUUGGGUUUUAUACAGUAAACCAAAGGAAUGUGCCUUUUAUAGGUUUUGUAUAAAUGCAUAUUUUUAUAAAAGUCAAUAAAGUUUUAUUUAACGAU